CAGGGUGAUGGAGCAGGAGUGACCUGGGGGCACGGCAGAGCGCUGCAGCAGUGUGAGGCAUCGUGUGGUUUGUGUUUUUGGGAGAAAACUGCAGCCCUGCAGCAUCUGCUGGCCCUCAGGAGGGCAUGGACAGCAGGACUGGGCAGCUUGGAGCAUCCCUGGAGCGCCCAUCUCCACUGCCUCAUCCCACAGAGCAGCAGGCACCUGAUGGUGACUGUCCUUACCAGCCUUUCCUAGAGCCCUUUCUUUGCCCUCCCCAUGAAAUGAACCUUCCCAGGACCAAUUCAGCAAUCAAUCACCAUUUUUCUUAAUCCCUUCAAAAAAAAGAAAAAAAUAAGGGGAACUACUCCCUGCUCUGAGCAACCUUCCAACCUACAGCUUCUUUGCACAAAAACACCUUGGAGCUCUCGGCUGCUAAUUCCUGCAUGGAGGCAAAUCAUUUGGAGAGGCAGAUCUGGGACCUUGGGAGCAGCAGGGCUCUGUGCUGGCUGCUGGCAGAGCCCAUCACUGCCUUCCUGCCCAGGAUGAUGCAGGGAACAAAGCCCCACCUAAGGACCACGGCUGCCUUCCCUGGGCCCCUGCCAUCCAGGGCUGCUGAAGGAUGGAGCAGGGGAAACAUCCCAAAAAUGCCCAGAAGCUUUAGAAAAAGAAAAGGCCAUGAAGACAGCUGGGGAUUUACAGGCCAGCACUCCAGGUUGGGUGUGGGCACCUUCUCCAGUGUGCUGCCAUCAUGAGAAGGUUUAAGGACCUGAUUUUAUGGAUGCCUAAAUAAAUACAUGGAGCUAAUACAUCACAAUACAGGGUAUAUUUAUCUGCUUUGCAGGAGUGGGAUGGAAUUAGACGGCGGUGUCUCUCGCAAGGCCAGCCCCGCUGUAAUUCAUGCCCUGAGGCGCCCAGCCGAGGGGAGGAGGAGGAGUUCUGCAGGCAACAUUAUUGAUGGGCUACUCCCAGAAGCUUUUAAUUAAUUUUCAGAGCACUCCUUGCAGUGGAUUAGGCAGCUCCGUCAAAGCCUCCCUCCACCCACUGCUGCCCGUGCUCCUGUGCGGGGUCUGGGGCAGCGGGGUGAGCCUGGGGCCCCCUGCUCCUCCAAGCCCCCAGGCUUUUGGUUAAACAGUACAGAAGCUGCUGCUGUUUUUAAACAGGGGGGCUUCUCCCAGCCAAGAGGCCUCUUUGGUGGCCACAGCGUGGGCAGGUGUAUUUGUCAGGGCUUUUCUCUUCCCCUUUUUAUUGACUUUCUGCUUGUUCCUGCUGCCAGGGGUCAGUCGGGGCGUUGGCUGGACUUUGCCAAAAGUCCACCCAAACCGGCUGGUUCCUAGGUGCUGACACAGUGCCCUGCCCCUGAGAUACGAGGGGUUUGAGCACCGGGGUUGCAGCCCAGCCGGGUGUGUGGUGGUGAGGCUGGAAUGGGGCUGUGCCAGCUCCAAAGCCUUCCCUGAGUAAGCAGAUUGUGAACCUGAACUGCAUUUGCCCUGCGAGCAGCAAGGUGACAGCAGCAACCACAGCUCAGCGCCGAAUCCGGGGGUGACCUGGCUGACAUGGAGGGACCUGUCCCCAUCCAGGACGCCAUGGCAGGUGACACGCAGCCCUCCAACACCAUCAAACUGCUGCACCUGCUUUUCCUCUCCACCUCCUGGGGAAUGCAGGUCUGGGUGACCUUUGUGGCCGGGUUUGUGAUGAGCAGGCACCUCCCUCGCCACACCUUCGGCUCCAUCCAGCGUGAGCUCUUCCCCUACUACUUCCACAUCAGCUCCACCUGUGCCUUCCUCAACCUGACCCUGUUUGCCAUGUCCCACCCCAGCGAGCGGCUCGGCGAGGAGCACACGACCCAGAUCAUCGUCUUCCUCGUCUGCAUCGCCGCUUCUGUGCUGAACACGCAGUGGUUCGGGCAGGUCACCUCCGACAUCGUGGCCGAGCUGCACCUGGUGGAGCGCAGCCAGGGGCUGGGGCAGGAGGUGGGGCUGGCGGCCAGCGAGCCCCGCAGGCAGCUCCGAGCCUCCAACCCCAGCUACAGGCAGCUGGCCCGGCGCUUCGCCCUCUUCCACGCUCUGUCCUCCCUCUGCAACCUCUGCUGCAUCGUGUGCAACGGGCUGAGCCUGUACCACCUGGCUGCCCGGCUCUCUGCCCUCUGAGGGCAGGACACUGCCAGGGGAUGGCUGGCCAGAGCCCACCCCCUGCUGCCUUGCUGUAAAGCAACCCUGAGCUUUGGACAUUAAA